GGGAACCAGACUAUCUACAUGUGUACAACUACAACAUGAUAAACAUGGAGAGGAGACGCGUUGACACUUUUGAGGGCGCAUUUCAAGCCCUGAAAAAUGAACUUGCAAAGCAAGAUCCGAUGCUUGUUGGGGUUGUGGUAGCUGUCGUAGUUGUUUUUCUAUCUAUUGUCCUGUUUCUCCUUGCAAGACGGAAAAACAACAAACGUUCUGUGCUCCUUGUGGGAGUCUGCGAUGCUGGCAAGACACUGCUCUUUAGCAGACUUGUUCAUAACAAGUACAUCAACAGCUACACCUCCAUCAAGGAGAAUUCCGGCGUCUACCAACUGACCGGGAGGAAGACAGGAACUCUGGAUGUCGUGGACCUUCCCGGGAAUGAGCGACAACGCAUGACAUUCUGGGAUCGCUUUAAAAAUCAGGCGAGAGGACUGGUUUUCGUAGUGGACAGUGCCGCCUUCCAGAAUGAACUGAGGGAAGUGGCGGAGUUUCUCUACACACUGCUGAGCGACUGUGCGUCCAGCCAUGCCAAACUUGCCGUGCUGAUUGCCUGCAACAAACAAGACGUUGCCAUGGCCAAAUCCAGCAAGAUCAUCCAGGAGAAAUUGGAGAAGGAAAUCAACACCCUACGUGUGACGCGAUCCGCAUCCCUUGGUUCCACGGACGGAUCCGUUGGCUCGGAAGCUUUCCUGGGAUCCCAAAGCAAGGACUUCCGGUUUUCCCAGUUGUCCCCAAUGAGCGUGGAGUUUGCGGAGUGCAGCGCCAAGGGCGGAAACGAGGAGGACGCCCAGGCAGACCUCAAUGUUGUGGAGGAGUGGAUACAGAGUAUUGCGUGAGUGGAUCCACACGUGUGCCAAAGUCCACAGGUAUUGGGAGUGGAGGAGUGGCUAUAUAGACGUGCAUGAGUGGAUCCACACAUGUUUCGCACUUGAUCAAUAUGGAAAUGGAGGAGUGGAUACAGAGCAUUGCAUGAGUGGAUCCACACGUGUGCCAAAGUCCACAGGUAUUGGGAGUGGAGGAGUGGCUA